GCGUGCGUGUGAAGGCGCGCCGCGCGGUCGUUGCCAUGGCAGCAUAGUUAGCAAACUCCCUCGUUGCCGUCGGGGUUUUUGACAGCGAGUCGGGGAAAUGGCAAUUCCUUUACUUUCACUCACCACCAGAUCUGUGAGGGGAUUUCUGUGCGUGCGAGUGCUACAGUACCAACGCUCCGUGGAAGGCUGCACGGUUUUGUAAGACGGACGCAGAAUUUUCUCUAAAGUCGUGUCCUCUGAGGGGGACGUAUAUAUAAAUAUAUAUAUAUAUAUAUAUAUCUCCCUCAAAGCCGCGUUUCAGGACCAUGGGGACCUUUGCAACGGGUGCAGUAACUCUGGGUGGUGAGGAAGAUGAAGAGGAUGAAGAGCGCUGUGAAGUUGAUCAUUUACCUCCGCUGCUUGAGGAUGAGGAGAAUGUUUCUCUGGCGGAUAUCCUGUGCCUGAGAGACGGCUGUCUGUCUGAGCAGGAGGUGUGGGCAGUGUGUGCGGAGUGUGUUUGCUCCCUGCAGAGCAUCGCGCAGUCUCCGCUCUUCCACACACUCUGUGUCACACCAGACACCCUGGCCUUCAACGCGCAUGGCAACGUGUGCUUCAUGGAACUGCUCAGCGAUGACCCGGAUGGCUCCUUUGUGCCGCCAGAGCUGGACAGGACUGGGAACACGUUUGAGGGACACGUGUUUUCCCUUGGGUCCACUCUCUCAGCUGCGCUGAACUAUGCCGUAGAGCCUGAGCUGGAGGCCGAGUUGGGGGCAGAUACCAAGAGGUUACUUGAACAAAUGCAAGAGGAGAAGCCAGAGAACAGGCCCCGCCCCCAGGACAUCCUCUCCCAGGCUGACAUCAAGCUCACAGACACGUCAUCCACAGCAGUCUGUCGAAUGCUCUCUGCUAUUGGAAGAAGAGUGCUGUCCAUAGAAUCCAUCUACGCUUUCCAAGAUGAAUGGGAAAAAUCACGUCAUCAGUUUUUGGAAUUCAGAGGGUCGAGGUCAAACUCUGUUGAGACUCACACAGGCAGACAUUAUUCAUCUGAAUCUUAUGAGGAAGAGGACUAUCUGACCAAACAAAGGCGCUGUGUGUGUCACGGAUCCUUUCGGUCAGGGAGUGUGGAUGAGUAUUCUACGGGUCCGGGCUUAUUCAGAGAUGAUGGCUCACCGUGCCAGUCACAGAGUGGCUCCCCCGUCCACAGGAGGCAACAGGAACGGAAGUCAGGGAGAGCCCGGAGUGCCCUCAAUCGCUCCUGUUCCGUUCCCGACUCCAACAACCCUCCGGCCUUCUCUCCUCCAUCACGCACGGAUAUCAGCAGGAUGGUGACAGACCUGUCGGAGAUUGGAGGAGAGGAGAGCAUGGUGGUGAUGCACUGGGAGGAAAGGAUGCUGAAGGGAACACCCAGGAGACCCACAAAGGGCGCAGAUCCAGACAGGAAAAUGGAGGCUUUCAGCCAGCAACCAGAAUCUUCAAGCAGAAUCCGAAACUCUACCCCUCUUCAUGCCAGCGCUGACACAGACCUGGAUGACACAGAGCAGAAAUGGGCUGCUGGGGACAAAACCCCUGUCCCCUCCACAGACAUGAGGGAGACGACGGAGCUCAGUGGCCUUUGCUGUAACCACAUGACCAAAAGCAUGCUGUGCCUGAACGAAGAAUCUCAGGACGAGGUACGAUGUAGAAUCCCCAAUCUGAAAGAGGGAAGCUGUAGAAUCCCCAGUCUGAAUGAGUGGAUCUCUUUGCGGGAGCUCCUCUUAUGCUGCCUACGACCACUGUCCAUCAAAGAGCUAUGGGCUUUGUGCUACACCUGCCUGUCCACACUGCAGACCUACACUGACUUCCCAGCUUACCUGUGCCUGGACUCUGUGUAUGUGGGCUGUGAAGGAGAGUUGCUGUUCCUCCAUCCUAAAAAUACAGGUUCCUGUGAUGCCUUUUAUGUAGCUCCUGAAUUCCAGGAACAUGGUAUUGUAACUGAAAAGGCCUGCGUAUACGGAGUGGCAGCAAUCCUGUGGGCCACAGCUAAGUUCCAUUUGUGCCCUAAUCAGAAGCUGGCUAUGCCCAGAAAGCUGAAGAGACUUCUGCUUGAGAUGGCCAAAAGAACGCCACUCGAAAGGCCGUCCAUUGUGAUGGCAAAAAAAAGUUGCCGUGAUUACCUGUCCCGGCAGGGUACCUGUGCUGAGUCUGUGUGGACACAGCUGAUCAGACGAAUCCAUAAGGCAUCCAACAAAGUUAAAGAGGCAGAAAGUUGUCCAGAUUUGGGCUCAUUCAGAAGCUCUAGUCCGGCAGGGAGGACGUGUGCUGCGUUUGCAGGUUUUGUCCCCUUGGCCGCUGAUAUCAGGUUGGCGCCUGUAGCUGGCCCUGUUCCCCGAGGCAGCCCGACCCCGCAGAUGAACAGGCUGCCUAAGGCCUUCACCUCCUCGGCCACACACUUUACUCCCAUAGUGCUGGCUCAGGAACGGCCAAGACAGGAGGAGCUCCCCCUCGCUGAUCCCACUACAAGUAUCCCAGGUGUAGAUAUACUCAGCAAUACGGACCUGGUUCUGAAAGCAGCACAACACAAAGAGGACUGGAAUCAGAGAGAGAGAGACAUGGGGAAAAUAGACAGAGUUCUCCACAUUGAAGACUUUCCCCCACUGUCUGGUUCCAGGGCUCACCUUGCCUCUCCACCUUACCCCAAACCGCAAGCAGCCAGUCAGGAGGUCAGCAGUAACCACACGUCAAGCUGCUCCAACUUUUCCUGCGCUGCUGGCGUUUACAACAACUUCCUACUGCAGCAAGACCCCCAAACAGGAUGCCUGACCCUAUUUCCUGUUCAGAUAGCCAUCUCUCAGCCAAUCACUGGCCCAGACCUUAGCUUGUCACGCAGUGCAGGACUAGAGGUGGACUCGGCAAACUGGAAUGAGGAGUGUGAUGAGUCUUGCGUUACCCAGAACGGGGCGUAUGAAAACCACGGCACAUCCUCUUAUCACAAAAAGAGAAAAAUUAACAUGACAAUUAGAGCUCAGCAGGGUGCCGCCGAGCCUGCGCGGCACACCCUCGAUCCAAGAGACACCACAGGCUGCAGAGCCGCCAUUCUGGAGCAGGUCGUCAUGCUGGUCAGAGAGGAGUUCGCCUUUGACGGAUAUUUGGAGAACGGAGUGGAGGAGCUAGCCAUGGGAGAGUACAUCCUUUCUUUGAGGAGUCUGCACUUCGAGACCUUCAGCAGAGCAGUAGUGGAGAAGUUCAGUGUCCUGCACUGGGACUCAGACCUGCUGGGACUGCUGCACUGUCUGAUCAACUCCUUGCCUCCAGCAUUUGGUGAACAGCCUCCAUCAAAGCCUAAAGAAAGGGCAUGGACAUCACUCACGGAUGCCAGGGGGCAUGAGGGAGAAGGAGGGCAGAGCGACGCAAACGUGUGCCAUGCUCCUCCUUCAGGUCCUCCAGUGGAGAGAGUGCUGACAGCAACUCCAGGAUUAAGCCAGGGAGAGACGGAGGGUAUCCGAGGUCACAGAGUGACUGAGGAAGGAGGAGGAGGCGAGACAGUAGUUGAGACCAGCAGCACGUGGGAAGGGACCCACCAAGGAUCGUACGGGAAAUGCCAUCAUGACAGCACAGACAUGAGUGAAGCCAGACCAAAGAUGAAGAGCGGCGAGACCCCAGCAGGGGGAGCCGGUGAGCACGCGUGCGGGGCUGAGGCUGUGUGCCAGAGCUAUGAUCUGGAGGAGAGCAGAGAGAGUCAGCUCACCCAUGACUGCUCAGACGCAGAAAUGGAUGACUCCUGCUCUCUCGUCUCCGAGAGGCCUCUGUCCUUCUUCUCGGGCUGCCUGGGAGCCCUCGUCAGCCCUGCGUGGGCCCUGGCUCUGUACGGGCACGGCUGCUUCACCCAAGACGUGGUGGAGUACGCACGCAAACUAGGCGCCCGCAGUGACUCACCAAGCCUGGAGGGGAAGGCACAGGAGCCACCUUUCUUAGACCCAGUAUUUUACCAGGAAGCCGAGCAACAGCUGCUGAUCGAGAGCAGGAAUCUAAAGAAGACCAGAAAUUUCUACCACAAGCUAAUUCACCAGGAAAAAAAAAAUAAAGGUUCUGAAGCAAAGGCAAAAUUGCACAAACUGAAGGAGCAGUUUGAGGAGCUGAGAACAAAAGUAGCGUUCCUUAAAUCUGUAAGGAAAUAUCUCCAGGUGCUGUCUGUGGAUCAGUGGGGAUUGGCCCUCUCUCUUCUGCCUUCUCUGGCGGCUUCUGAGACUUCUGCUGUAGACCUCCGGCCCAGCGAAGAUCCAGCCAUCCUAAGCCUGGUGUGUGAGCAACACAGAAGGACUGACUGCUGCCCCCUAGUGGCUGGAACAGCAAAGGGCUUUAUGUCUUAUCUUUACGCCAGAAAUGCUCUUUUGGAUGGAUACAUCCAGCAGUUCCUCUACACAUAUCGCUACUUCUCUAGCCGUGAGGAAUUCCUUCAGUUUUUAAUGGACAAAUUUAAAGGCUCAGUAGGAGGAAGCGAUGACCCCUCUACAGACAGUGCCAAGGUGUACCAUCGUACUUUAGACCUGUUAGAGUGUUGGAUAGGAGAUUGUCAGUUGGUGGACUUCCCGUCCAAGUCCCGCCUCCAUCAAAGUCUUAACAACUUUCUCACAUCUGAGGUGGCUCCUGUAGACAGUCGAGGAGAGACUCUACUUUCAAUGCUUCGAAACACUUCCCAGAAGAGGUGGGACAGUAGGGUAAUAUGUCUCUCUGGAUGUCCAAUCAGCAGCUGGGAGGAUGAUGACGUCCAAUCCAUUUGUUCCUUAUGCAGGAAGGCCUCUGUUGAAGAAGCUGCCAGGAAGAGUUUCCCAUGGCGUGUGGGACGCGUGCUGGAGCCUCAGCCGGGCCAGCCUAAGGAGAAAGUGUACUCCAUUGCUGCAGCGCUCCCUCGGCCCUGCUACAGCGGCCUGGGGGUGCACACCGAGGAGAGGCUAGCCUUCAGCCAGACGGAGCACAGCCCGCUGAACACCACCCAGCAGCUGACUUUGCUCCAGCAGGAAAUCUUUCAAAGUUGUCAUCCUGUCCAUUUUCUGAACUCAAGGGCACAGGGAGUUCGAGAGAAGGCAGUGAACAUCUCCAAGUGUUCGUUGUCUGAUUCCCUGCCACUAGAGGGCAGUAGUCUGUUUGUGGGUGUAGACUCAGGGCAAGAUGGACCUCUGCAGUACAUGAUCCAAUAUGCAGAAAGUGUAACUAACUGGGUCUCGGCUGAGAUUGUCGUCGCAGACACUGUGAAGGCUCAGGCAUCUUUGCUUGCCAAGUUUCUCUCUAUUGCUAAGCACUGUUAUGAGACACGGAACUUUGCUACAGCCAUGCAGAUUCUUGAGGGCCUUGAGAACGUGAUUGUCAGACAGCUACAGGCUUGGAAACAGCUGUCCACCAAGACGUUGGAGGUUCUUGAGGAGCUCAGGGCAGUACAGGUGUUUCUGAAGAGUGACAGUCUGUGUCUGAUGGAGGGUGAGAGAAGAGAGCAGCCCACACUCCCAGAUGCACACACCCUGGCUAUGCACGUUCAGCAGCUGGAGAUAGGUGCUUUCACUCUGGCCAGCGGCGCAUACAAGUGGACCAAGCUACGGAGUAUAGCCCGUGUGGUAAGUCAGGUGCACGCCUUCCAGGAGCAUGUGUACAUGUACCCCCCUGACCUGGAGCUGCAGGCGUACCUUCAGGCUCGCCUAGUCCGCCUGGGUACCUGCGACGUGACCGCCCUUGCCGCCGACAACCACGCCAACUUCCUGCAGCCCGCUACGGAGCGGCACGCGCGACGCAUCCAGGACACCCUGCGCAGGGUGAAGGCCUCCUUCCAGUGAGUCCACGCGGAUCAGCCAGAGGCAACUCAGUGGCCAGAAUCUGGGGCAGGUGUGAGGACAAUUACAUGCAUUUUGUAUCAAGGAUGUUGGACAAUGGUUUGCUGUAACUGGACACUGGGGAAAAUGUGUUUUUCUUCCCCCAGUGCAUGCUGUCAGUGGAGGGAAGCAUGAGUGGGUUCUGGGUGUUGGAGAUCUAUGACUCUGCUUGCUUCAGUAGGAAGUCACUCUUCUCCCAUCUCAUAUAAUUCCUCACUGUAUGCUGGGAGUCUUGUGUUAUUGUCAUGGCAUAUCUGGAAUCUGCUGUGCUCCUACCUUUUUCUUUUUUCUUUUUUUUUUUGUCUGAUUUUUCCUUCUUUUCUUCAAGAGAACAAUGUGCAUUUCAAGACUUCCCAUCUCUGGUGCGUUUUCCAUUUUCUAAGCAAGCAACUGAAAUGUUAUCUUACAUUUUAACAUUUCCCCGUUCAUGUAGUGAAAAGAGUUCGUAAACCACCGUGACAUGAAUUCAGCGAUCUGUAAACAAUCAUGGCUUAACUGCAUAAAAGUCAAACUUGAAACUUGAGUAUUGCUACACAUGCCGCAUACAUGGUAACAAGGUAGGCUGUACUCCGUUGUAACACCACACGGGGUCUAUUUAAUGUAGGCAACUCUAAAUUAUUCAAAAAUGUUAUAAUACAUUCUUCUCAAUUAGUAAAGCAGGGCAGGGUUGUUUGUCUUGUUUUGUGUGAACAGUUACGUAUUUAUUUUUUCUUUGGUAAGGUCUUUAUGUUCGUUUGUUUUUUUGGCCGUGGGGGGGGGGGGGGUUGCUCCCAAAUUGUCACGCUGAGGCGAGGAAAUACACGCCGAGGGAGGCGACUUCCCGGGCGACCUCUUGCGAGGCCAGAUUUUCAGAUGGAAUCAGGAGCUUCAAAGCGCCUGAGAUAAAAAAAAACUUAAUUGGAAAGUGACGCGCUCGGACCUUUCUAGCUACAGAUCACUGAUAAAGGAAACAUUCAGCAUGUAGUUAUCACCACUGUUGUGUCUUAACGAACCAUAUUAUCCAUCGGCGAACAGACCCAAUCGGGGAUUACAACACUUUAAGAGACACAUAUAGAAGAUAGGAUUGGUCUUUCUUGUCAAACUGCGAGUGCUUUUCGUAUCGUCAUUUAUCACGAAUAUAAUUCUCUUAAAUAUGUGUAAUUUAAAACAAUAUUGAAAAUAAACUUGCCACACGAAUAUCGUGCUUGG